AUGUCUUCAAUACUUCAAUUUAUCAUUGUUACUAUACUUAUCUCAGUUGUUUCAUCAAAAAGAAUCAAUUUAUUCAUAAAACCAAUAGAUCAAGUUACAUCUGAUCCAAUUGGGUUUAUUGAGAAUGACGCUGUAUAUCUAAUGGAUGUGGCUGAUCUACAACUAGAGAACCAAGCAUAUUGUAUAGGAACCAAGGAUAUACAUAAUAACGAGUGUUUUAGUUAUCAAUCCAAUGCACCAAACUUGACGCAAGCUGUGUUUAAUUUAUUUCUCGAUGGGGAUGGUGAUAUACUGAGAAUAUCGUUAUCAUUUGACGACAAGUUGGCUAAACCGCAAGUGAAAAAGCGUAAACAGGUUAUUGCAGCACAGCCGAACUUGAAUCCUGAUUCGUUAAAGAAACAAAGAGAAGAGCAACAAAAGAAAGCUGGUGAUGGCCCUGUUGUUGAGAAGGUGAAACAAAAAAAGUUGAUUAAAGAAAUUGAUGAUAAUGGAGUUGAAGUAACGAGGGAGAUUGAAGAGGAAGUUGAAGUUCCAGUCGAUGAUAGAUCAUGGAUCCAAAAGAACUGGAUGUAUGUUGUACCUCCAUUGCUUAUAUUUAUGCUUGCAGGUGGUGGUAACGAACAAAGUAGAUAG